AUGUUUCGACUUCUCCGGACCGUUGCGUUGGGCCUUGUCCUUCAGGCAAGUCUCAUUGACUCUGCCGUGAGCUUGAGACGCCAGGCUUCAGUAGAACAAGGCUCCUUGGCUCUUGUGUCAACAAGUCCCCUAGAGUUCAAGUACACAACUUCAGAGCCAAACCCCCGCAACUGGGUUGGCCUUUAUUAUGCUGCAGGCGGCGGGCCCGACAACGGCGUAUUUAACCAGCCUUCUAUCCGAUGGUCGUACGCCCCCGAGGCCCAAGGCUCUGUCAAGUUUGACAACGACGGACUGGGGCCAGGCGAAUACAAGGCCUACCUCUUGGCAGACGACCAGUACAAGUCGCUUGCGGCGCCGGUACAGCUCGCUCUAGGUGAAUCAGCCAAAUACUCCGGCUCAAUCAGCGUCGAUUACAGCAGAACGCCCAUCAAUAUCAAGUAUACUACAUCGCAGCCCAAUGUCAAGAACUGGAUUGGCUUGUACUUUGCCCAAGGGGGAGGCCCGGUAAAUCAGGUCGAGGACCAACCCUCCUUGACGUGGGAAUGGGCUCCCGCAUCCGUGGGAGAGGUUACGCUGUCGACCAAAAACCUAAGCCCCGGAGAGUACAAGGUCUUCCUCCUUGCCGAUGGUGGCUACAAAUGGUUGUCUGAACCAGUCGCCGCCCAGGUGCGAAACGCAGAGCCCUUCAGCUUCAUUGUUAAGGACAUCACGACCAAGAAUGCCCGCCAGGGUGACAAGUUUGAAGCCAGCCUCGGCAAUCUCGUCAGCCAGCCCGGUGACAAGGAUACAAAAUUCAACAUUGUUGGAGGCGGCGACUGGGCUGCCAUCAACUCCUCGGGCGUCAUAACCGGCACGCCCUCAUCGAGCGCCAAGGACACGACGUUAAGCGUCGAAGCACAAGACAAGAAUGGAGUCACGUCUUCCAUCUCCGUCCACAUUCCCGUGCGCCCUGCAGGCUCCUCGCUCGUGGACAACCUGCGGGUUCUAUCGUUUAACCUUUGGCAUGGGGGCACACAGGUUUCCAACUAUCACGAGAAGCAGGUGCGUUUUUUGGCGGACAAGAAUGUCGACAUUGUAGGAUUACAAGAGAGCACGGGAGGUCACGGCACUCGCCUCGCCCAUGCCCUUGGCUGGUAUUCCUGGCAGGGACCCGAUGUUUCGAUCAUCAGUCGAUACCCCAUCACCCAAGUGUACCCAGCGACAUCUGUCUCGGGCUCAGUGAGGAUUUCCCUGGAUGGAGCGGAUAGCGACAUUAUUUUUUGGAACGCCCAUCUUGGCUAUGACCCGUACGGCCCGUACGACUUUUGCUUUGACAAGAUGAGCGUCAGCCGCGUCAUGGAACGAGAAGCGCAGUCGGGCCGCACCCCGCAGAUUCAGGAGAUGACCGGAAAGAUGGGCGACCACCUUGCCAACGCGGACAAUGUGCCUGUUUUGCUCGUGGGAGACUUUAACGCCCCGUCGCACCUGGACUGGACCGAGGCCAGCAAGAGUCAGCAUUGCGGCAUUGGUCAAGUCGCUUGGCCAACGUCAAAGUACCCAACUGAUGCCGGGCUGAUUGACUCGUUCCGCGUUGCGCAUUCGGAUCCCGUGGCAACGCCCGGUAUUACUUGGUCGCCCAUCUACCUGGAUAACAAUGGCCGACCGGAGCCGCUGGAUCGAAUCGACUUUGUCUAUCACAAGGGCCGCAAGCUCGCCGUGCGGGAUUCCGAGGCGGUGGUGGUGGGCAACCCGACCGCGCAGCCGAAUCACGGCAAUAAUGAAUGGACGUCGGACCACAAGGCCGUCUUGACGACGUAUAGUGUGCAGGCUUAG